GGCCGAGACCACCAAGCCAAAAUACAUACUCUAAUGGCCAUGAGCAUCAUCAUCAAAAAGAUACGACCAGACCCAUAACAGUAUAACAUGAUCCCAGUGCAAGCUCCACUCUCUCCAUAAGAGAGACACACAAGAAGGUGAUCGUUUAAAAAAGGGCUCACAAGAACAUGGGUCUAAUCUCUUUCCAUCACAGUCCACCCAUUGAUUGGAUAGUGAUAAGAACUCAUGGCCAUAAUAUUUUUCAUGGUCAUGUCAAUCACAGCAUAUCUCCCUUUUCUCUGAUCCGUUAAUGGCUAGCUUGUUACUCAGUCCAUCUGGCACAGAAUGAACGCGUUAUCCCAGCCAACUCAUCAAACUGCCGCCAAUUCCAAAUCCAAAUCUCUCUCCCCCUUGAUGAGUUUCAGAAGCUAAUCCAUGGCCACCGCCACACUUGCACUCUCUUCUCAAAGCCCACCAACCAUGGCGGCCUUCUCUGCAUCUCCCUCACCCCAAUUGACUUCAUUCAACUUGCCAUCACUCAGAAGAAGAAAACCCAAUGAAUUUUUCUUAGUAAAAGCGACAGCGAACCCAGAAGCAGAAAAGGAGAAGAUGGUUCAGACUGAAAGUGAAGAAGUGGCCAAAGCUCCCCCGAAGCCUAAGAAACCCCAAUAUUCCAUGAAGAAGGGGCAAAUUGUGAGGGUGGACAAGGAGAAGUAUCUCAACAGCGUUAAUUAUCUCUCAGUUGGGCAUCCCCCUUACUAUAAGGGCUUGGACUACAUCUAUGAAGACCGUGGUGAGGUCUUGGACAUCCGAAUUUUUGAGACUGGAGAAUAUGCUCUGAUUGCGUGGGUUGGGAUCCCCACUGCACCUGCAUGGCUUCCCACAGAAAUGCUUAUCAAGUCAGAUAACCUCAAUUAUGAGCGAUUUUGAUGCAUUAUACCAAGGAAUGCUCGAACAUGGAUGGUGUUCCACAAUGCUCGAAGCACUGCCAUUUGUGUCAAUGUAAGGAUGCUUGUGUUACUUUACUACACAAACAUGUGAUUGUAAAGAUGACAAUUAAUGGCAUGUCAGCCGUCAAUGAGUUAUCCAAAUGUUGUAUAA